UUGAGUUUUAGAUCAAUUAAUAUAUAGCGUAUUUUCUGGUCAUCAUGGUGUAGUGUUUGAGGACUAAAGCAAAAUGGAGAGAGUGAUGCCAGUUGACUUUGCAACGCUGAUUUCAUGGAGAGGGCUUUCUGUUUGGAUGGUGAUAAUGCGGGUAUUGUUGCUUGCGCUAGUACGAAGAAGCGCGUGUUACAACGUUGAUACAGAACAACCGUUGAUUUUUGUUGGAAAAUCUGAAUCUUAUUUUGGAACAACGGCUGAAAUUGUUAUAGAUUCUCAAAAAUGGAUCCUCGUUGGUGCAACAAAAGACAAUUUCACAGACAAACCGGAAAUUCCAUUUCCUGGAAACGUUUACGCAUGCCCAGUUGAUUUUCUAAACUCCAACUCAAACUGCACAGUACUACCAAAUCUAAGAACAUCAGAAACUUAUGCUAAUGUAUCAGAAGGUGUUUUUGAGGAAUCCGAUCAGAUGUUGGGGGCCAGCAUUAUUGUGCCAGAAGAUUCAACAAAACCAAUUAAGAUUUGUGCUCCGAAAUGGAAGAAUUUGCGAUUCUUUAGACCGGAUACUGUUCGAUACAGUACGUACCAGGUGACCGGAAAUUGUUUUGUUUUGAAUGACAGAUCAGAUCUUAUAAACACCGCCGAGACCCUAAGCUUCCGGAUACCCACGGAUGAUUUAGAUUACUACAAAGCGCCUCUCAUAGGAUUAUCUAUUGCCGAUACAAAGAUACGCGUUUUUGACACCCUUUAUGGUGCCCCUAAUAUUGGAAGGGGUUCAACAGGGGGUCUAUUGGCAAAGAAUGAUGGUAAUGUAAGAAACGCAAAAAGUAUGAAAUUAGAAGUGGAAAGGUCAAAGGUUGUACAGGACACUUAUUUAACUGGAUCACUAUUUGGAUACAGUAUUGCACCGGGUAAUUUAGGAGGGGUUACCCAAGACAAAAUUAAUUUCCAUUUCGUUGUCGGCGCUCCGGGAUUUAGUAACAAGAAUGGAGUUAUUGGGGCUUUUUCAGUUUUGCAAUUCGGAACUGCCUUUCAACAAGUCAAGCAGAUUGAAGGAAUGCAGGUUGGAGGUGGAUUUGGUCAAACACUGUGUAUUGCUGAUGUGAAUGGCGAUAAAAACGAUGAGAUCCUGGUCGCGGCACCAAAUUGGUUUUCUAUGGGUGACCAGGGAAAUCAAGUGAUUUAUGACGUCGGAGUAGUUUAUGUAUAUUAUGGCACUGGAUCAGCAUCGAUAAUUGAUGACACAGCACAAGAGAUUCGCGGCUCUCUUGUACGAUUCUCGAGAUUCGGAACGGCAAUUUCUAACAUUGGUGAUAUAAACAAAGAUGGAUAUAAUGAUAUAGCAAUAGGAGCUCCGUUUGAGAACAAAGAGGGGGCUGUGUAUAUCUUCAAUGGAGGGAAGACAAGAUUAGAAGACAUGUACUCACAGAAAAUAAUAGGAUCCCGUGUAAAGACAGGACUUCAGGGAUUUGGAUGGUAUAUAUCAAGAACAGCAAGGGAUUUAGAUGACAAUUUGCAUAAUGAUUUCGUUGUGGGUGCCUACAGAUCAGACACCGCUGUGUUGCUAAGGACCAGAAAUAUCAUUGAUGUCAACUGUGAAAUAUCAUACACACCAGAUCCCAUUCCACUGAACUCGAGUGGAACUUUCUGCAAUGUUGAUUUCAAUCCAUGUUUCAAUGUCUCACUUUGCUUCAAUUUCACUGGGGAAGGAAUUAAUAAAACAAACAUUGAUUUUUCCAUAACCAUUGAUGCCAAUGAGACGAGGAAAAGGGCAGCAAUGACAAAUGGGAGUCACAGAUUUGAGGAACUAACUGUCCGUGACUUCACCAUCUUUUCCUUCAAAUCAAGUUGCUAUUCCUUUGAACUUACAGUAGAGAAUAUUGAUAGAAGGUUUUUUCAAGUCAUUGAAAGGCCAAUUUCUCUAAGAGGAGAUUAUAAUAUAAGCAACAUCCCUGUGGAUCCUGGAACUGUUAAAGCCAUUCUGAGAAGGGGUAUUUCUGCAUCUUUCUUUGGUCAGGCAAAAUUUGACACAGACUGCACGGGAUCUGGUAGUGUCUGUCUGUCAGAUCUGAAAUUAGAUGUAAACCUCGACAAAAGAAUAGUUCUUAUUGGAAAUGAUUCUAUCUUACAAAUGAAAGUUUUACUUAAAAACUAUGGAGAACCGUCCCUGAAAUCUUUACUCAGGAUAAGCUAUCCUUCUGCAGUCAGAUCUAGCUUAAUUGAUGUCAACCCUCCUUCAGAUAUGUUUUGUUUGGCAAGAAAUAAUGGCAGUUCUAUUGAAUGUGAAAGUGAAACCACUCUCUAUCAGCGCAUGCUCAUAGAAAUAGAUAUUGUGUUUGAAAUUUCAAAGGCUGCAAUGGAAAUGGAUGUAGGUUACAUAUCGACACAGAGCCUCGUUUUCAAUGUAACGGCCAUCGCCGCUAAUGAUAUUAACAUGAAUGAUAACACAGUAAUCAAAAAUGUCGAUGUGGCAGCCUUUACCAGGACAACCUUACAAGUGUCUGCCUCCGAUGAGCAAAUAACUGCUACCCAGCGCAGUAUACAAUUUUCUAAUACUUACCGUCUGUUUAACGAGGGCCCCUGUGUGAUACAGAAGGUGGAUCUUCAGUUCUUUAUUCCUGUCAGGACACAAAGCAAAAUCUUCAUCAAGAAGGGUGAUGUCAAGGUACAGAGCAAAGAUAUGAAAGACGCUUGUAAACUGGUGUAUUAUCCCAGUAAAGAACUAAGAACGACUACACAGAACCCGGUCCCAGGAAGAAGCACAAUAAGUUACAACAUAUCUGGAAUAAAUAUCAUACACUUAGACAGCCAGACAGGCACGGAUGUUCAUUUCCAUCCCGUUCAGGAAAUUUCUGAAAACUCCGAAUAUAUUUUUUGUGAUAAAGGAGUUGGUCCUUACAUGUGUGCAGUUGUUGAGUGCACACUUAGCUUGGUCAAACCUAUAGACAAGGAUAACAGGACAAUCGUGAUACCGUUUGACAUUCCUGUGGAUAAACUACCAGAGUUACAAAAGGGAAAAUCUUUCUUCACCUUUGUUACACGUGGACAUGUUUUCCCUAGCGAACAAUCAGCUGUGCCAUUGGUUCUAAAGGAAAAUAUAUCACAAGAGGUAUCCGUGUCCAUCCUUUUCCCGGAUUCUUUCACACAGGAGGUUGAAGAACUGGACCUGUCAAUACUUAUCGGAGGUUGUGUUGGAGGGCUCGUACUUUUCAUUUUGCUGGGCCUUAUCUUAUGGAAGUGUGGUUUCUUCAAAAGAAAGAAAAGAAAACAGGUUGAAGAAUAUAAACGCAGAACCCGAUACAGCAUGAGGAAGAGCAGAAUGGCGUCUGUACGAAGUGCAAGAAGCGGUGCAGGGUCAAUUCGUUCUAAAGUGCCAGAGGAGGAACAAAAACUAAAUAAAAAAUUUGAUGAUAUGGAUGAUGCAAAUUUUACAACAUAAUGAAUAUAUUUUUAA